GCGCUGUACACAAUCCACUUGUUCAAUCUUUUGUGCUGCCAUAUCAACCUGCGCUCCAUCACAGUUUCUACUCGUGUAUUCCGCUUCCUCGAAAGCUUCGCAUCAUGUGUAAACACGUUCUCAACGCUCAAGUCUCAAUCCGCUCUCCUUGCUGUCGCAAAUGGUUCGACUGCGCAGAAUGUCACGCCGAGUCAGAAACACACGACCUCAAGCCCACCCUCGAAAUGGUCUUUGCUUGCAAAAAGUGCAAAAAGGCUUUCCGUAAAGAUGUUCAAGAGUUCGAGGAGAGCGACGAGUACUGCCCACACUGUGACAACCACUUUGUUCUCGAAGCAAAGACGCCGCACGCCAGAUUACAGGUCGAGAGUGAGGAUGUGAGAAAGGACGCCCGCUUCGUCAAGGAUGACCGUGUGCGCGAGGAAGAGCAGCAGACCAUCUGGAGCCUGAAAGAGGCUAGUGAGAGACUGGGAUGAUCUGCUCAUAACGAGUGGAAUACUCGAAAAUCACUUGGAACCAUGCAUAUAAUCCACCGGCUACUGCAUCAAAGUCAGGUCGCAGGUCGCAACACAGAACAACGAAUUCACGAAUCAUCAUCAUCAUCAUCAUCAAAGUCGAGUAUUAAGGUCUUUUCAUUGCCUUCACUUCAUCAUGCAGCCAUAAAGGUCUCUGUUUGCCGUUCAACGCCAAUGCUGUAGUCCCAAAUGC